AUGAAAAAAAUUUUUACAAUUUUGUUAUUACUUUUCAUUGCUAACACUUCUUUAGCAUUCAAGACCACUACUGCUGAAGAAUGGGAGUUAAUUUUUGAAGAUGAUUUUAAUGGAAAUACAAUUGAUCAAAGUAAAUGGACUGCAAAAGAUCAUUGGCCUCACACUGAUGUAGAGUUGCAGCUUUACAUCAAGGAAGAUGCCUAUCAAGAAAAUGGAAAUUUAGUUAUCAGAACUUAAUUCAACCCUACCUACUACUCUCCAGAUAAUAAAACUUACAAUUAUACUUCUGGUUGGAUAGAUACAUCUUUUAAGUUUAAUUUUACUCAUGGCAAACUAGAAUCUAGACUUCUUCUUCCUAAAACUGGUAUUAGAGAUAAUAUUUGGCCAGCUUUUUGGACUAAGGGAAAUACUGAAUCAGCUGAUUGGCCUCACUAUGGUGAAAUAGAUGUUAUGGAAAUGGAUAGCUGGAAUGAUGAUUGGACUCCAUAUAUUUGGGGUACUUAUCACUGGGGUCCUAGAAGAAAUGAUCUUUGCUAAGGUUGUGGCACAAUUUACCCAGAUAAGAACUUCAAUCUCACAGAAUGGCACACUUAUUCUAUUGAAUGGGAUGAAAAAAAGAUUGAUUGGUUUGUAGAUGGAAUUAAAUACAGAACAACUUAUGAAAACUAAAUGUUUUGCAAAGGAUGCAAAGGGAUAGUAAAAUUACCUACACAUCCUUAGUUUAUCAUUUUCAAUACUGCUGUUGAUCACUUCGCUCCCCCAAACCCUGCUGAUUACCCUAAGUAUAUGUACGUAGAUUACGUCAAAUUGUAUUAAAAGAAGGGAUCUAAGUCUAGUUUUUGA